AUGGCGGAAGGAGUUCUCUUCAACGUAGCUGAAGGAAUCAUUGGCCAACUGGGCAAACUAGCUCUCAAAGAGAUUGGACUGCUCUGGGGUGUCAAAGAUGAGCUUGAAAAGCUCGAAAACACGGUUUCAACAAUCAAAGCUGUGCUUCAGGAUGCAGAGGAGCAGCAGGCGCAGAGCCAUGCCAUCAAGGAUUGGGUGGCAAAGCUGAAAGAUAUACUUUUUGAAGCAGACGACUUGCUGGAUGACUUUUCCACUGAAGUUUUACGACGGGAAGUGAUGACUAGGAAUAAGAAGGCGAGAGAGGUACGCAUCUUCUUUUCCAAAUCAAACCAACUUGCAUAUGGUCUUAAAAUGGGUCAUAAGAUUAAGGCUAUUAGGGAGAGACUAGAUGCUAUUGCAGCGGAUAGGAAGUUCCACCUAGAGGAACGUCCUAGGGAGACACGAGUCAGUAAUAGGGUGAGAGAAACUCAUCAUUUUGUACGUGCUGAAGAUGUUAUUGGAAGAGAGGUUGAUAAGAAAGUCAUUAUAGAUCGUUUAGUGGAUCCCAAAAUUGAAGAGAAUGUUUCGGUCCUUCCUAUAGUUGGAAUUGGAGGACUGGGUAAGACCACAUUAGCUCAAUUUGUAUUCAAUGACGAAGAAAUUAAAAAUCAUUUUGAGAAAAAAUUGUGGGUGUGUGUCUCUGACGAUUUUGAUGUAAAAAUAAUUUUUGAGAAAAUCAUUGAAUCUUCAAAAGGUAAGAAACCACAAAACCUUGAGAUGAACACAUUGAUUAAUGAUCUUCGAAAAGAAAUCGGUGGGAAAAGAUACUUACUUGUGUUGGAUGAUGUGUGGAAUUAUGAUUCUCAAAAAUGGGAUAGCUUAAAAAAACCUCUAUUAUGUGGUGCAAGAGGUAGCAGAAUAUUGGUGACUACACGUGACGAGAAGGUUGCAAAGAUUUCAAAAACUAUUGAAUCUUACAUUUUAAAGGGUUUAAAUGAAGAGGAGUCUUGGUCUUUAUUUAAGCAAAAGGCAUUUGAAAAAGGACAAGAACCUGAAAAUUUAAGAAUUAAGGAAAUUGCAAAGGAAAUCAUUAGAAAGUGCAAAGGAAUUCCACUUGCCAUAAAGACUAUAGGAAGCCUAUUGUACUUUAGAAACUUAGAAGAAGAAGAAUGGCUGUCCUUCAAAAAUAACGAAUUUUCAAAAUUAGAUCAAAAUGAAACUGAUAUCCUACCAACACUAAAGUUGAGUUAUGAUCAUCUCCCACCACAUUUGAAACAAUGUUUUGCUUAUUGUAGUUUAUUUCCAAAGGAUUAUGAGUUUGGAAAAGAGAAAUUGAUUAAGCUAUGGAUGGCACAAGGGUUCAUUAGGCUAUCAAGUCAAAACCAAUUAGAAGAUGUUGGUCAUGAGUAUUUUAUGGAAUUAGUUUGGAGGUCGUUCUUUGAAAAAGCUAAAGAUCAUUGGUGGAUCACAAGACCAAGAUUCAAAAUGCAUGACCUCUUGCAUGAUUUGGCGAUAUUAGUAGUGGGACUAGAGAGCUCCACUUUUGGCAUAAAUGGGGAAAACAUUGGUGGAAAAACUCAUCAUGUGUCAAUUGGUUUUGAUUUAUCCACAUCGUCCCAAAUUCCAGCCACGUUGUUUGAAGCGAAUAAGAUAAGAACAUUUCUCUUGCCAUGUCAAGCUUGGCAUCCACAACAAAUGGUAUUGAACCAGUCAACGUGUGAUGCAUUUGUUUCAAGUUUUAUGUUCUUGCGCCUGUUAGAUUUGAACAUGACUGGCAUUAGGAUUGUGCCACAUUCUAUAGGAAAGUUGAAGCAUUUAAGGUAUCUUGAUCUUUCAAGUAAUGAUUACAUAAAGAUGCUUCCCAAUUCCAUUGAAAAGUUGCAAAAUUUGGAGACACUGGAUCUCUCUUAUUGUUAUAGUCUUAUGGAAUUGCCGAGAAAUAUUACUAGAUUAGUCAAUCUUAGGCAUCUUAACAUUGAUGACUGUAAUAGUAUGACUCAUAUGCCACAUGGACUUGGGCAAUUGACUAAUCUCCAGUCAUUAGCAGAGUAUGUGUUAAGUACGGGCCCUAGGCGUGGUGGUGAAUUGAAGGAACUUCACGGAUUAAACCACCUGAGAGAAAAUCUAAGGAUUAAAAAUCUGAGACAUGAGAAAAAUAUUGAAUUAGAAUGCAAGGCUGCAAGUUUGAAAGAGAAACGACACCUUGAAGAGUUGGCAUUAGAAUGGAUAAAAGGAGAUGCCAAUGAAGUGAAUGUUGGGUACGAUGAGAAGUCAAUUGAAGCUUUGGAACCAACCCAAAAUCUUAAAAGUUUGGAAUUAAACAGUUACUGGGGAGUGAUAUAUCCAAGUUGGCUUUCGUCACUCAAAAAUCUCGUACACCUAUUGUUAGUUUCAAUGAAGAAUUGCCAACAUGUGCCACCAUUACAUCAAUUUCCUUCUCUCAAAACUCUUAGAUUGUGCGAUUUUCCUUCUCUUGAGUACAUAUCAGAUAGUGUUAACCUUCCACCUCUAGAGUUCCUCCUAAUCAGAGAUUGCCCUAAUCUAAAGGGAUGGUGGGAGAGGAGGAAGGACUCCAUUGUGGAGGAUGAAGAUGACGACAAUGAUUAUGUUUUUCUGCCUUCAUUUACUCAUCUUUCCUCUCUAAGGAUUUUUUAUUGCCCUAAACUAUCUUCUACGCCUUUAUUUCCAGAACGCUAG